AUGGCCCAUCAAAAGAAAAGGCUCAAAACUCUCGCAAACAUUCUCAAAGACAAAGCUUCAGUAAUCUACGCAUCUCUCUCCGUCAAACGCCACGUCUCCUCCCUCCACAUCAAAAUCCUCCGCGCCACUUCCCACAGCCUCUCAUCACCACCCUCCGAGUCACAAAUCGCCGCCGUCCUCUCCAUCGGCAACACCUCUUACUCUCUCCCUCGCGUGACCAUCAACUCCCUCAUGGACCGCCUCCACGGCACCAAGAACGCUACGGUCGCAAUCAAAUGUCUCUUCACUCUCCACCACAUAACUAUCAAAGGACCGUUCACUCUUAAAGAUCAGCUUUCUUGUUACCCUUCUUACGGUGGUCGAAAUUUUCUUAAUCUUUCUGCUUUUCGUGAUGACUCGGAUUUUGAAUCGGUGCAACUCAGUUCUUGGGUUCGUUGGUAUAGUGCUGUUCUUGAACAGUUUCUAACCAUUUCAAGAAUAUUAGGUUAUUACCUGAAUUCCAAUUCUAUAAAGAAUGAUUCGAAUGAUUCGGUUAUGAUGAUGAAGUUGUCCAAUGCUGAUUUGUUGUAUAAACUCGAAGCUUUGAUUGUUUUUGUUGAGAAAGUUAGUGAUGUUCCGGAAUCGUUGGAUCUUCAGAGGAAUGAACUGGUUUAUGAGAUAGUGAGAAUGGUUGGUGAAGAUUAUAGAAACGUGCAGGGUGAGAUAUUGAUGAGAUUGGAGGAACUUGGGAAGAGGAUAGAGAGAGUUGAGGAUGUGGGUGAGUUGAACGAGUUGCUGAGUUAUUUGAGGAGAUUGGAAGAGAGUAGAGAGAAGCUUGUGGUUUUGUUUGUGAAUAGAAGGAAGAAUGACGGGUUUUGGGAGAUGGUGAGAGAGAUGAAGAUGAGAGGGUUGGAAAAGAAGAGAGAGAUUGAAGGGAGGUGGCUUACGGUGGUGAGUAGGAACACGCUGGCGGCGGCGGCUGAGUUGACUCGGUGUACGAACCCGUUUCUUGAACCGGGGGAAUAUUUUCCGGUCCCACACUUGAGUUUUGCAACGGUAAGAUGA